GCAUUGCUUUGUUAUUAUGAUCCAUGAGGUAAUGUCUUUUUUUACCGUAAGAACCACUCUUAGACAAACACACAAGGAAAACGGGCAAACGGAGAGCUGUUAUUCGCCUUCGAACAGCGACUGAUUAUAUAUAAAGAUAAUUCUGCGCCAAGUCAUCAACCAAACAUUAUUCUGCGGCUCUGGAAUAUUCCAGUAAACAGACACAAGCCGAGAGCUGCUGCUGAUAUUACGGUAGAUUCGUGUCUGCACUGAAGCGCCGCAGAGACUCAAGUAUAUUCAGGUUUUCAGGCGGGGGAGCCAGCCACAAGACAUUCGUUUGGACCCAUGUUAAACGUAUUUCGCUGGCGUUAGUUGUUAUAAUAUUCUUUGCCUGUCUGAAUAAUGUUGCAUGUUUUAUAAUUAGUCCAUGUUUUGCGCACUUAUCGGUUGCUGCAGUGAGAGCCGCUUCAUCUCCAUCAGCGUCUAGCCCUCGUUACUUAGCAUUUGUGGGCAAGCUGCGAUACUCUUAUCUCGUUAGAUAAGGCUUAAACGAGUUAUAUGUGGACAUCGCCGUGUCACUGGGUCGCUAAACACCACUGAGUUUUGAAAUCAAGCAGUUAAUUCUUUUAAGAGUCAGGCAUAGCUGUGUUCAUGCCCGAUCUGCAGCGCUUCAGUUUUCCGUGCCGUAGCAUGCAUUCUCCUCUCCAUCAUCAUUAUCAGCAGCAGCACCAACAGCAUCAGCAUCCUGAAGGACCCGGUCAUCCCGAUUCUCCCUCCGGUUUGCUCCCUGAGGCUGCUGUCCUAGGAGCUCCUGACCCAUCCUCGUUUUUCCUCGGGGAACAACCCAGCCCUGCUGGCGUCCCCCAAACCGCACUUGACCUCACGGGAUCCUCUUAUCUGCACUUUAGUCCAUCCCUCCACUGGUCCCAACCUCCUCCACCUACAGCAAUGGCAUUGAGGAACGACCUGGGAUCCAAUAUAAGUGUCCUAAAGACCCUCAAUCUGCGGUUCCGAUGCUUUCUGGCUAAAGUGCAUGAACUGGAGAGACGCAAUAAGAUACUGGAGUUACAGCUACAGCAGGCUUUAGACUGCAAAAACACAAGUGGAGGUGUGGAGGACGGAAAGACCAAAGAAGUUGGCGUGCAGACUGGGUUUAUUGGGCAUGUCGCUGUCCGGCCUGGGUCUUUGUCCUUUCAAAACACCAACAACUCUGCUAAACGACCCACUACAUUGUUAAUGCCUUCUCUGACAACUGUCCUCAAGCUUGAACCCAAUAAAGCUGACGAUGAGACCACAACUGACCCAAACACCAAUAGGAACCCAACCAUUAUGGUUAGUCUUUCAACACCCACCACUGAGCCCGCCUCGGCCAACACCAAUAACUCCAACAAUGCUCCGCAUGUGAGCAGUGUUGGCACCGGGACGUCUCCCAACCUUCCCCCUCGCUUCCUCCCGGGGACUAUCUGGUCCUACAAUCACACCCGUAAACUGGGAAGCGGGUCAGAGACUCGGGUCACCAGUCCCGGAGUGUCGUGGGUCCACCCGGACGGCGUGGGGGUCCAGAUAGACACCAUCACCCCAGAGAUCAGAGCACUUUACAACGUCCUGGCCAAAAUCAAAAGGGAGCGGGAUGAGUACAAGCGAAGAUGGGAAGAAGAAUACACCAUGAGAAUGGACAUGGAGCAGAGAAUGAAUGAUCUACACGAGGACCUACAGGAGAGUGAGGUGUGUCAGGAUGAGUUGACUCUCCAGGUGAAACAGCUGAAAGCUGAACUCGUGCUCUUUAAAGGCCUCAUGAGCAAUAACCUGUCGGAGCUGGACAGUAAGAUCCAGGAAAAGGCCAUGAAAGUGGACAUGGACAUCUGCAGACGCAUUGACAUCACAGCUCGCCUGUGUGAUGUCGCCCAACAAAGAAGCUGUGAAGAUCCAAUCAAGAUCUUUAAGGUUCCCAGCCCUCAGAAUGCCAUCACCUCUCGUGCCCGCAAACAAGCCUCACAACCUGCCAAUGGCAGCGAGACAGAUGAGCCAGUCAGCACUUCUGAGAGUGAUGGAGGUGGUGUGCGAGAGGAUGAAGUGUGCACCCCUUCAACCCUCCAGAUCAAUGAAGAAAUGCAGAGAAUGUUGACCCAACUGCGUGAGUGUGAGUUUGAGGAUGACUGUGACUCUCUGGCUUGGGAAGAGACAGAGGAGACGCUUCUUCUAUGGGAGGAUUUCCCAGGAUGCACUUUAACAACAGACACCAGUCAGGGGGAGGAGGAGUGCCUGGAAAAGGUGAUUACGGACACAGAAUGUAUUUUUCAGAACAGGGAGAAGGAAUAUCAGGAGACUAUAGACCAGAUAGAGUUGGAACUGGCCACAGCAAAGUCAGACAUGAACCGUCAUCUGCAUGAGUACAUGGAGAUGUGCAGUAUGAAGAGAGGACUGGAUGUGCAGAUGGAAACCUGCAGGAGACUCAUCACUCAAAGUGGAAACAAUGAAUCCACUUCUCCUGGACCUGGAGGUGGUACAGAUGCAAACGGAGAAGCAGACAGAGAUAAAACCGAGUAAGGAGGAAGAUAAUGAUACCAUCAGAUCUGAAGAAGGUGUUUGCAAGAAGAAGAAAAAGUGCCCCUCAUCUGUUCAUGGCACCCAUCAUCAGCCCUUCUCAUGUUUUCUGUCCAGUCACUGCCUCUAGUGGUGGUAAAUGGAAUAAAAUUGUGUGUUUUCAGUGUACUGUGACAUUUUCCCCUGUGGUUGUGCAGAGCAGCUUGACUGUUUUCACACCUACAUCCUUUUAAAAGAUGAGAGUCCUGUCAACAUUGUUAGCUUUUAUCUGAUUUCACCGAGCCCAUCCACUGGCGGGUAUCGAUCAUGUUUUCCGAUCUGGUCCCCAAAUGUCUGAGUCAUCAUAUUUUCAGCACUGAAUACAAUGACUUUUGUUUUCAUAUGUCUGGCAGAGAAUCACUGACAAUGUUUUGCAAAGUUUCCAUUUCCUAGAGACUUCAAGGGGACAUUUGCUAACUUCUCGUUGCCACAUGUAACGUUACGUGCCACUGCAAGCCGUGGGUCAGUAGGUGUGUUGUGCUUCCUGUCUGAGCUGUUGUAAAUACUCGGCUGUUAAUGCAAGUGAAGGGUGGAGGUAAGUGUAGCCUGCACUUCCCCCAUCUCUGUGCUCAAAUUCACACUAAACAUAUGAUAUUUCAUGUUAACGGUAUUGUGCUGAUGCCAGGCUGUUUCGAGUCUCGCUGUAUGCGCUCUUAGAAUAAUGAACUCUUUGACGUCCUCUCUUGCAGGUGGAAAACAUGAGUGAUAGGUGAGGUCAGAUGAGCGAGAUUUGAGAUUGUUUUGGCUCAGAGUAGAUGUCAGAGCGUUACGCAUGUAAAAUUUUAUGUUAUUUCCUUUCAACUUUUCCCCUCAUUUUUCGUCUUUGACAUCAGCAAUAUUGAGUCUUUUCCUCAGCUGGUAGAGAUAUAUUUCAGAAAAUUUUAGUUCAUGAAAAUGCUGUAUAUAUAACGCUGCUGUAGCUGUGAGACCUGCUUCAGUCCAUAAAAUAUCUAGCAUUUCAAAGGUCUUUCUAUUUCAGAUAGUAAAACCCUUCCCGUAUAGUUCUGGCAUUUUUCUGUUUCGUAUCCUCUUAGCUAAGACCUUGCUGCGGGUUGAUGCAAAGAUCUGUCUGUUUGUCUGACCAGUUCUUUUCAAUGGAAACUUUCUUGUAAUCCAGAGUAAGUGAUAAGGGGAUGUGAGUGAAGUCCUUUAGAGCAAAUUAUUUUCAUACUUUAACAGUGGAUUCUUGAUCCUUGGGAGUUUUUGAGAGCAUCCUAUCUUGUUACAGUAGACAGGUCUUCCAGUGAUCCUUUAGAAAGUGAGAUCCUGAUAGGUUAAACUCAUUAACUAAUGAUCUUACUAAAGACCCCAUUAAAUAUUUGACAAACUAAUAUUAUUGUUAGUAUUAUUUGUAUGUUAAUCCUUUUCUGCCUGACAGUUUAAAAAAGAAAAUUGUGACUUUGUUUCUUGUAAUUGAGAGUUAAUAUCUCAACGUUGCAACUUUAUUUCACAUAAUGGUGUAACGUGGAGGUGUGACAACGGAGUUGAGGAUCCAAGUAUAGGUUUUAUUUACAAGAGUGGUCAAAACAGGCAGGGCCAGUCUACAGUAAAAAGGUAUAAUACAGGAUGAGACAAAAGAGUAAUCCAAAAACCGGCGAUGUUCAGGGCAGGCAGCAAACAAUCAGAGAAAAGGAAACAGUCCAGGGUCACAAAUCCAGGCACUGGACUUGACAGUACUGAGAAUACAGAAGUUGCAAACUAUAAUUAUUGGGCAUGGUGGUGACGCUGUCACUGGAGCUUGCCGGUUUUAACAUUAUUUAACAUUAAGAGUGUUUUUUUUUUUUUUUUUUUGGCGGGGUGGGGUGGGGUGGGGCAGCAUAACCGACAAGCUUCGGCGGCUGUGAAGCUUGGUCUAUCACAGAUCAAUACACCUUCCAAUCUGGUGAUUGCUACUCCAGUUAUCAAGCCUGUACAUGUAAAAGCAGCAACAGCAGAUACUAUCCACAUCAUGGCUGCCAUUCCAGAGUCUCAUCCCAUCAUGGCUGAUGUUCCAGAGGCUCGUGCCGUCAUGGCCACCUUUCUUGAGUAUUCCAUUCAAACUCUAUCUGCCAUGGUGGUCAUCUGCUCCACUUGGGUAUCUUCGGUCCCGUCUUCUCUUCUGUAGUGGUCCUCGGCUCUGUCCUGUCUUCCUCUGCCAGCUGUGUUUAGCCCUAGUUCCUGUGUUUUCCACGUUCCUUGUUUUCUUGCCUUGUUUUUUUAAAAGUGGACUGUUAUCUUGUUUCUGAUUGUUUGCUGCCUGCCCUGACCAUUAUUUGUUUCUUGGAUUACUCUUUCAUCUGCCCUAGAUUAUACCUGUUUGCUGUUGAUUGACCCUGCCUGUUUUCACCACUCUUGCAAUAAAGCCUGCAUUUGGAUCCUCAACUGCAUUGUCAUGCUCCCCACGUUACAGAUGGCUAGGUUAUAUCUCACAAUUGUGACUUAGUUUGUCUUAAUUAAAAUUUUUCGUCUCAUAGUUGUGACUUUACUUCACAUAUUUGCAGCUCUAUAUCCUACAUUUGCAGCUUUAUGUCUCAAAAUUGGAACUUUAAUUUGAACUCUUUGACGUCCUCUCUUGCAGGUGGAAAACAUGAGUGUUGAGUGAGGUCAGAUGAGUGAGAUUGGAGAUUGUUAUGGCUCAGAGUAGAUGUCAGAGCGUUACGCUUAUUUCCUUUCAACUUUUCCCCUCAUUUUUCGUCUUUGACAUCAGCGAUAUUGAGUCUUUUGAAAUUGUGACUUAAUUUCUCACAAUUAUGAGAUUGUUUCUUUAAAUUUUGACAUCUCACAGUUUUAACUUUGUUUCCUAUAAUUGCAACUUUAUGUUUAAUUACAUUGUUUCUUUAAAUUUUGACUUCUUAUCUCACAAUUAUAACAUCUUUCGAUUUUGACGGAUAACUUACAGUUUUGACAAAAUAUUGCUUAUAUUUUGUGGCAAUUCUGAUACCAAUUAGAAGCACUGCAAACAACUGAGCCAUUGUUCAUUUACAUAAUUGUUUUAUUAUUUUAGUUUAUUUUUUUAUAUUGUUUCGCAGCACUGUGCUGAAUUAUGUGUGUAAGACUAUGUAUGUAUGUGUAUAUGAAUGGAGUGAGCACUCCAGGUUUCUGCAAUGAGUAACUGGUUCUUUUCUACAGCAAGUUACUUAUUGCUUGUUGCUAUAAGACCUUAAAACAAAAGUCUUUUACUUUUGACUUCAUAUCUCACAAUUACAACUUUUUUAUUUCGAUUUUGACAUAUCUGACAAUUUUAACUUUUUCUGUAAUUUCAACUUUCUGUCUCACUUAAUUUCUAGUACUAGUUCUAGUGACUUCAUUAUUUGACAUUUUGUCUCAUGAUUUUGAAAUUAUAUCUCACAAUUGUGGAUUUUCAUAAUUAUGAUGUCAUGUCUCAUAAUUGCAACUUUGUUUCUCAUAAUUGCAACUUUAUAUUUUAUAUUAAGAUUUGUUGACUAUUGCUUAAUAUUGAGUGUGAGAUCUUGAUGGGUUUGGUGUAUUGGAUUAGACCCACUGGAGAUCUAACAACCCCAUGAAAUAUUUUAAUGAACAAACUGUCUUUUCUAUCCUCCUAAAAGGGUGAGAUCCCAAAGGGUUAGAUUCACUGGAGAAUGAUCUUUCAGUCAUUUUCUUGAGCAAUAUAUUAUGCAAAUGAAUGUGUAAUCUGAUUCUAGGCUUAGGUUCUCAAGAACCUCACAUGAUUCUUAAUAAUCUUCUCUUCUUUUGGAAGAGCACUCUCUAAUUCUAAUCAAACGCCCACAGGGACUAAUACUGUAGUUCCAGAACAAACCGACUUCUUUUUCACUUUGUUGGUCAUUCAUAUCUGUAGUCAAAUAUGUAGUCUGCAUGUAAACCACAGCUUGGAUUAAAGAAUAGAGACUAAAACUCUUUGACAGAGACAUUUUGAGUGCCAAAUGUGAAAUAAAACAAUCAGGAAAGACACUUCACACGGUGAAAAGAAAAACCUCAUGCUUUUGAAAACAUGGUGCUGUACAUCCAGCAUGUAAAUUUCCGCUGUAGAAAAUCAAAGAGUGAAAGCUUUAAUGAACAUAUUUCAGUACGUAUCACUUUCUAUGCUCAGCCGGAACAGAAUUUAAUCAUUGAAACAGUAUGUUAUGUACCAUCCUCUGGUUGUUUUUCUUUUUAUCUUGUUCUUUUUUUUGCAUACUGACUGGUGAACAACACUGUGUGUCUGCCUUAGGUUUUUCCCUCUUACCACUGUGAAGUUCUGAUGGGGUUUUGCUGAUUUAUUGUGAUUUUAUUUCUGUCAGCAAGUUAUUUCAUUUAAAAAUGAUGUUCUAUGAGUACGUAAAAAAAAAAAAAUUGUUUGAAAAAAGAAAAGAAAAAAAAAGUCCCAGACAAAUAAAAGGAUGAGCUUGAUGAUAAAGUAAAAUCUUACAAUUAGAUUUUGAGGAAAGGCUUUGUCUGUCUGUGAACUAAAUAAUGCUUCGCAUAUGUUUUCUGUCACUUCUGCUACCAAGAAGCACUGUAAACAUUGUUCAUUCACAGAAUUAUUUUAUUAUGAUUUUUGUUUUAGUUUAUUUUUUUAGAUUGUUUCGCAGCACUGUGCUAAACUAUGUGUGUAGGACUAUGUAUGCAUGUGUAUAUGUAUGGAGUGAGCACUCCAGGUUUCUGCAAUGAGUAACUGGUUAUUUUCUACAGCAAGUUACUUAUUGCUUGUUGCUAUAAGACCUUAAAACAAAAGUCUUUUAUGAACAAUUCAAUAACCACAAAUCUGGUCUUGUAUGAAAAGGACAAUAGACAGUCAGGAAAAUGAUUCAUUGGAACUGACUGAAUUUUUGGAUAUUCCAAAUUAGCAGCGGCUAUAAACUAUGUAUAAACUCCACACAAUAUCUUAACCAAAAUCACAAAAAAAGUGCUUUAAAAGAAUGCUUAUUGGCAAUAACUGUAUGAAUGCAACGAUACUGUAACCUAGAAGAGACAAAGGGAGAGUUGUGUACGCUCCAAUGCUGGCUAUGCAAGCAAGUCCUGAACCUUAACAAGAGAAAUACAACAUUUGAAAAGAUCGCUUGGGACGUCUGAAUGAUUUCAUUCAUAGCAUCUCCGUGUCAUACUGUAACAUCUCACAGGAAUGAAUCUUGCUUCUACUAUGGAAUUGUAUGGAUGUUUCUGUUUUAGGGACAUCUACGGGUUCUCUUUAAAUUUGCACAUGUGCCACUGGUUGUGGAUAAUCAGAUGCUGUCCAGUGAAUGUUUUGCUCCAAGGACCCACCCGGGGAGGAAAAGGACCCCGACUGCAGCAAUGGCACAUGUGUAUUGUGAUUUAAAGGGGACUAUAUGUAUAUAUAAAUAUGUGUAUGUAACCAAAGGCAGAACAGGAAUUGCUCGCUUCACUGAAAGUGUACAAAAAGACCGGAGCGUUAAAAUGAUUUCAGAAUAAAGGUUACUGCUGAACUCA